AUGGAUUCUAUGACUAGACAUGAAGCUGAAUGUCUUUGUAAGUAUAUUGAACAAUUUAAGUUCCUUUGUUCUAUCAUCAUUUGGUAUGAUUUACUCAAUCAAAUUAAUCCUCAAAGACUUGAUAGUGAUAAUUCAUUUGAUAAAUAUGUUAUUGAAGCUUCAAGACUGGUAUCAGAAAUUGAUGUGGUGUCUGUAUUUGAGCAAUCGGCUGGAAGAAUCAAAGCACGUCGUGUUAAAAGACAAUUUGAUUACGAAAACAUGGAUGAACCUAUUAUUGAUCCAAAAAUUAAUUUCAAAAUUUGCAACUAUUUUUUAACGGAUGGAGAUUCAGCCGAUAUCAACGGACUUGAAAUGGCAGAUGAACUCAGAGUGAUAAUACCAAUGGUUGAAUCUAACUUGUCUCCGAUUGAACUUUUAAAGUUUGUAAUUAAUAUUGGAUCAUUUGCACCAAAUUUAUCAAUUGCACUACGUAUACUUUUAGCUUUACCCGUAACUGUUGCAAGUGGUGAAAGGAGCUUUUCUAAGCUCAAGCUAAUAAAAACAUACCUCCGCUCAACAAUGGCAAAUGAUCGUCUUAGUGGACUGGCUAUGAUAGCUAUCGAGCACCAAUUAUGUCGAGAGUUAGACAUUGAAGAAAUUAUAAAGGAUUUCUCAAACGCCAAGGCAAGAAAAGUGUUUCAUUAA